AUGUCGCUGCAAGAUAAGGCGUCUGAAUUCCUUGCCAGCCUCGCUGGUAAAUCCAUUCACUCCAAGCUCGGAUUCAAGCUGCUCGCUUCCGACCCGGUUCUCGACACGUUCCGCAAGCUUGGCUACAAGGUGGUCGAGUACGAUGUGCCUCCCUACCCGCUCUGGACUGCCGGCAUCAUCGCUGUGCGUAUGCUCUCGUUCAUCGUGGGUUCGGCUGCCGUUGCCUUCUUGCUCUAUCACCAGGUUGCGGUCAAGUCGCAGGCGGGCAAGUGGUUUUCGAUUCUCAGCCUGGUUGCUUCACUCCUCGCCUGGCCCAUGCUUACCGGUCGAUCGGGUGUGAUGCUUCUCGACUUCUGGCGUCCUGCUCUCGGUUUUCGCUCCUGUUUGCUGGUGUGGGAUAUCUUCCACAUCCGUACCGUCCAAGAGGUCAAAUCGUGGUCAUUUGCGCGCUUCUUUGCUCAGCUCUGGACCUUCCCAAAGGAGCUUGAUGAGAUCGCCGAACGUACUGCCGAGGAAGGCUACCAGAGAAACGCUAGGCUUGAAAACCUCAAGGGCAUGCCCAAAGUUGCGGUUGAAGCGGUUGCAAUGUUUGGUGCGCUCUACUUUAUUCCUCCCUACGAACUCACCAGAAACAUGAGCCAGCUUGCCUACCACUGCUACUGCGAUGCGCUCGGUGUCUGCAUUCUUAUGGCUCUGGCCCUCUUCGGUGAUGGUCUGCUCAAGUUGCUCGGUAUCUUGAUUGAUGUCGAGAUGGCCGACAUGUUUGAGAACCCGCUUGGCACCACCAACAUCCGUCUCUUUUGGAGCCACUGGAACCGCGCCAUCGCUACCGUACUCCAUCGUGUCGUCUUUGGCGGAGGAAAGACCAAGACGACACUGCGCAAAAAGAAGGCGGCGGCAGAGGCGCAGGCUGCCAAGAAGCAACGAUUCUCGCACAUGGACGGACUUUCCGAGACCGACGCCGGUCACACCUCGGGCGAAGAGGACCACUCGCACGCCAACGGUGAUCGCAAACGCAACACGACGGGUCUCAAGCCGCUUUCAUCGGUCAACGGUGACACGCAAGUGCGAAAGCGCAAGAACGCCAACGAGGUUACGUCUGCAGGUAAGCCGAACGGCAACGGAAACGCCAUUGCUCGCGCCGGUGGUGCGCCUGCCAAAAAGUCGUCGUUCCUGCCCAAGGCUGCUGCAGCCAUUGUCACUUUUGCCAUGAGCGGUAUCUUCCACGAGCACAUCACCUACUUUACACUCGGAUUCGCCAACGGUGAAAACUUUGUAUUUUUCCUGCUCAACGGUUUCGCCACGGUAACUGCCACCUGGUUUAAGCGCACCUAUCCGGAACUCAACGCCAAAAUCCCCACCUGGUUAUCGGUACUGAUGCUGCACGCCUUUUUCCUGGCCGUCAUCCCGCUGUUCUGCUCGCCCUUUAUCAGAUCGGGCUUCUUUGUUCAGCUCGAGGCGCUCAGGUACGAGCUCAUGCCAAUCAGGGAUCGACCUCGCGGUAGCUUCGUCUACCUGUUCGGCCAAUAG